UCAAUUUCACAAAGGAGGUUUAGUUGUACUGUUCCCUAGACUUCUACGUUCGUUUUCGACUUUAGGAAACACUGGUUGACUGUAUUCGUCGUGCACUGUUUAAGAGUGCCUACUUUGUCCAGAAUACCAAGACGACCAUUCUCCAUAUCUGGUAAACCAUUCACUACGAUCGAGUUAGUCCUUGCAGAUUGCUGCCGACCAUAACGUACUUGUGAGCAGACCAAGAGCUGUGCCCUGUAAGAGUACUUUUUCCUCGUAUGCCGAAGGUUGGAGGGAGUUCUACUACCGUUGGUUUCGUAGAAGGAAUGAUGGCGACGAACGCUACUGCUGAUGCUGUGAUGCCGGAAGAGGCCGAUGAUAGUCAAAAUCGGGAUCGCGUGGUACCCCAACCAGCUUCAACAAACCAGAUGUGCCAGUGGCGUGUGCCCAACGGUGCAGGUAGCGCUUGUGAUCAGCUCUGCACAGCUGGCCGAGAACUUCGACUUCACAUCUGGAAGCAACACCUGAAAGAAGGAUCAUACAGAAGCAGGAAGAAGCAAGACCCCGCUGAAUGCCGUUGCCUUUGGGAGGGAUGUGGCAAAACGUACACGUGUAACGAAUACCUCAAUAUGCACUUGCGCCAGCACACAGGGGAACUCCCCUUUACAUGCGAUCAUCAAGGCUGUGGUCAGGCCUUCGCUCGAACUUCACACUUGAGGCGCCAUAAGAGAUGUCACCCAGGAGGCAUAUAUUUCAAGUCUCCAAAGCCUGGCUGUUCUCCUUCAUGGCAUGCUAAGAAUGUAUCAGACAUAGAGCAGCCAUUACCAGGCAUCGAAGGUGCUUCUGAAGCAGAUGCAGCAUCUUUUGCUAACAUCAAAGAAUCAGCACCGAAAUCACAGAAGCAGGACCUAGCACCGUCACCACCACGGGAGUGGCACCCAGCAUCUCCACCACCACGGGGUUGGCACCCAGCACCGUCACCACCACGGGAGAGGCACCCAGUAUCUCUAUCACCACCACGGGGUUGGCACCCAGCACCUUCACCACCACAGGAGUGGCACCCAGCACCUUCACCACCAUGGGAGUGGCACACCGCACCUUCACCACAGCAGCACCAGCAGAACCCAGGAUCGCCAUCACAUAAGCAGUAUCGCCCAGCACCGCCACUACCCCAGCAGCAGCGGCAAGCACCGCCACUACGCCAGCAGCAGCGGCAAGCACCUCCGCCACUACGGGAGUGGCAACCAGCACCUUCACCACAGCAGCACCAGCAGAACCCAGGAUCGCCAAUUGCCCAGCAGCAGCGGCAAGCACCGCCACUACCCCAGCCGCAGCGGCAAGCACCUCCGCCACUACGGGAGUGGCAACCAGCACCUUCACCACAGCAGCACCGGAAGAACCCAGGAUCGCCACUACCCCAGCAGCAGCGGCCAGCAUCGCCACUACCCCAGCAGCAGCGGCAAGCACCGCCACUACCCCAGCACCAGCGGCAAGCGCCUCCGCCACUACGGGAGUGGCAACCAGCACCUUCACCACAGCAGCACCAGCAGAACCCAGGAUCGCCACUACCCCAGCAGCAGCGGCAAGCACCGCCACUACCCCAGCACCAGCGGCAAGCACCCACGCCACUACGGGAGUGGCAACCAGCACCUUCACCACAGCAGCACCAGCAGAACCCAGGAUCGCCACUACCCCAGCAGCAGCGGCCAGCACCGCCACUACCCCAGCUGCAGCGGCAAGCAUCACCACUACCCCAGCACCAGCGGCAAGCACCACCGCCACUACGGGAGUGGCAACCAGCACCUUCACCACAGCAGCACCAGCAGAACCCAGGAUCACCACUACCCCAGCAGCAGCGGCCAGCACCGCCACUACCCCAGCAGCAGCGGCAAGCACCUCCGCCACAACGGGAGUGGCAACCAGCACCUUCACCACAGCAGCACCGGCAGAACCCAGAAUCGCCACUACCCCAGCAGCAGCGGCAAGCACUGCCACUACCCCAGCACCAGCGGCAAGCACCUCCGCCACUACGGGAGCAAUGUACAUGUACGCGUUGGGAAUAA